GCAGGGCCCGAAAACGUAACGUAUCCGGCGGAGAGGGUUUGGCCAACGUGCCGGCGGGGCCCACACGUGUGCUGCUGAAAAAUAACGGCAUUCUCUGUUUCAGAGGCGUUUUUAUUUAAAAAUUAAAAGUUGAACCACUGCGAUCUACUCCCAACGGCAGUGAGGAAACGGGUAUUUUUGUGGUUUUAGGAACUCGUAUUGUAAGCGGAGCGGUUUUACGACGAGCGGGAUUUUCUGAGAGUUAUCUUUGUUUUGUCUGAGGCAACUUUAAAAACGCAGAGAUUGUUUUGUCCAAGGAGCGUUACAGUAACGAUGGAUUUGUCCGACGAAGAGGAAGUUUUAUGAUCGUAUGCUUUUGUUACAAGAUUCAAACGUGUACUGAAAACCUAACGUAUAGUUUGGUCUAAACUGGUGUAAGGUUUAAACCUGGUUGUUGUUUUUUCAUCGGGCUUGAAUGAGGGAGAUUGGAAGCAAUCGGUCGGCAUAAAACGAAGAUUUUGGCAAUUGUUCUUUUGAAGAAGUUUAGAUUAAUCAAAGGAAGAAACUGUGGACCAUUUGUGAGGAUUUCCCUUGAAGCCACUGGGGCUGGAGCACUGAAGUUUGAGAAGUUAAGUUGAAAUCACUGAAAAAAGUUAUCAGGUGUUCUGUUGGAAAUGAGUGUUGCACACAGGCGUCCAGUCCACAGGGGGUACUCUUCUGAAAGCAGUGAGAAUGAGGUCUACAACAUCCUUCCUGUGCACAAUAUGCUGGCAGAUCAUCCUGCACUGCGAUUUCCAGAGGUCAGAGCAGCAGCCACAGCACUGAAAACUGUAGGUGACCUCCGCAUCCCUCCAUAUUUUGAAUGGCAUUCGGACAUGGAUCUUCUUGACUGGCUCGGUGCCUUCUUUGGAUUCCAAAGGGAUAAUGUCCGAAACCAGCGAGAACAUCUUAUCCUGCUCCUGGCUAAUAGCCAAAUGCGGCUGCAACCGCCUCCAGAUAUUAUAGACCAGCUUGAGUCCACUGUGGUUCGGAAAUUGCGAAAGAAAAUCCUCAAGAACUACAACAAUUGGUGUGCAUUUCUGGCACGGAAGUCUAAUGUUUGGAUCUCGGAUCGAAGGAGCGACGAGCGCAGGGAGUUGCUUUAUAUUUCUCUUUAUCUUCUUAUUUGGGGAGAGGCUGCGAAUCUGAAGUUUAUGCCAGAGUGUUUGUGCUACAUUUUCCAUCAUAUGGCGAUGGAGCUGAAUAGGAUUCUAGAGGAUUAUGUGGAUGAGAGCACAGGACAGCCAGCUUUACCUGCUUAUAUGGGAGAAAAUGCAUUCUUGCAAAGAGUUGUCACCCCACUAUAUCUAACUGUCAAACUUGAGGCAGAAGCAAGCCAUGGUGGUAAGGAACCUCAUUCAGCCUGGAGAAAUUAUGAUGAUAUCAAUGAAUAUUUUUGGACUAGUAGGUGCUUUGAACAGCUGGGAUGGCCACUUAAAUUGGAUAGCAAUUUUAUUCUUCUGCCUACUACUGAACAAAAUAAAGAGGUUGGAUUCCAGAAGUUCAGAGGAAUGCUGGGAAAACAGAAGGUAGGAAAGACAGGUUUUGUAGAGCAACGCUCCUAUUGGAAUAUUUUCCGUAGUUUUGAUCGUCUUUGGAUUAUGUACAUACUUUUCCUGCAAGCUGCAAUUCUUGUUGCAUGGGAAAAAAAGGGACUUCCCUGGGUAAAUUUAAAAGAGAAAGAUACACAAGUUAAGAUGCUUAGUGUCUUCAUAACCUGGGCAGGUCUUCGGCUUUUACAAUCUUUCCUUGAUGCUGGCAUGCAGUACAGUUUAGUUUCAAGAGAGACACCAUUGCAAGGAAUAAGAAUGUUACUGAAGAUCAUUGUGGCAACUGUGUGGACCAUUCUGUUUGCUGUGCUCUAUAGUCGGAUGUGGAAGCAGAAAAAUCAUGAUUUUGGUUGGUCGUCUAAGGCAAACAGUAUGUUGUUAAAUUUUGUGGAGGCUGCUUUAGUAUUCAUCGCUCCUGAAGUCUUGGCCUUGCUUCUUUUUAUUAUUCCCUGGGUCAGAAACUUUAUGGAGAAAAGCAACUGGAGAGUUUUUCAUGCUUUGACAUGGUGGUUUCAGUCAAGAACAUUUGUUGGACGUGGGCUUCGGGAGGGGAUUUUUGACAACAUCUCUUAUUCUCUGUUUUGGGUAGUGUUGCUGGCUUUCAAAUUCUCCUUUAGCUACUAUUUUCAGAUCAGACCUAUGGUGAAGCCUACUAAGGCUAUACUGGGCAUUGGUGUAAUCCCUUACAAGUGGCAUGAGUUUUUCAAGAAGACUAACCGAUUUGCUGUUGGGGUAGUGUGGGCACCAGUUAUCUUGAUCUACUUUAUGGACACACAGAUAUGGUAUUCAAUAUUGUCAUCUGUAGUUGGAGCCUUGGUGGGAUUGUUUUCCCAUCUUGGGGAGAUUCGGAAUAUUCAACAGCUCAGGCUGCGGUUCCAGUUCUUUGCCAGUGCUAUUCAAUUCAAUUUAAUGCCAGAAGAACCAUUAUUCAGAACCCAGGGGAAUCUGAGAGUAAAAUUAAGGGAUGCCAUCAGGCGGUUGCAACUUAGAUAUGGUUUUGGUACUCAGUAUAAGAAAAUUGAGUCUAGUCAGGUUGAAGCAGGAAGAUUUGCUCUUAUUUGGAAUGAAAUUGUGAGGACGUUCCGAGAAGAGGAUAUUGUCAGUGACUUGGAGGUGGAAUUAUUGGAGGUUCCACCAAACUCCUGGAAUGUACAUGUCAUACGAUGGCCAUGCUUAUUGCUUUGUAAUGAGCUGCUGCUUGCUCUAAGUCAGGCUAGGGAGUUAGGGGGCACUGACAAGAUAUUAUGGAGAAAGAUAAGCAAGAAUGAGUACCGUCGCUGUGUAGUGAUAGAAGCAUAUGACAGUGUGAAGCAUUUGAUCCAGCGAAUCAUUAAGGAAGAUAGUGAAGAAUACUCCAUUGUUGGCAGUUUGUUUGAUGAAUUUGAUAAAUCAGUUACUUCGGAGAAGUUCACUGAGAGAUACAAAUUGACUGAGCUGCCUGAAAUUCAUAACAAAUUAAUAUCAUUGGUCAAGGAUAUCCUGAAAAAACCCUCUGUGAAGGAUCAGCAGAAGGUAGUUAAUGCUCUGCAAAAUCUCUAUGAUAUUGUCAUUCGAGAUUUUCCUAAAGAUAAGCGAAGUAUUGAGCAACUGAGACAAGAAGGACUUAUUUCUCAAAGGAGUGAUGGUAAGUUGUUAUUUGAGGAUGCUGUGCAAUUACCUGUUAAAGAAGAUGAAUCCUUCUAUCGUCAAUUGCGGCGCUUGCACAUUAUUCUGACAUCUACAGAUUCAAUGCACAAUAUCCCAAAAAAUCUGGAAGCAAGGCGUCGUAUUGCGUUUUUCAGUAACUCUUUGUUUAUGAACAUGCCCCAUGCACCGCAGGUGGAGAAAAUGCUGGCUUUCAGUGUCUUGACUCCCUACUAUGAUGAGGAUGUUCUGUACAAUAAAGAACAGCUGCGUACAGCAAAUGAAGAUGGUGUUUCAAUUCUAUUCUAUCUGCAGAAGAUAUAUCCAGAUGAGUGGGACAAUUUCUUGGAGCGGAUGCGCCAGAAAGAUAAAGAUAUAAACGAUGAUAAACUGUGGUCGAUUUAUGUGAGGGAACUUCGUUUGUGGGCAUCAUACAGAGGACAGACAUUGAAUCGAACUGUUAGAGGAAUGAUGUACUAUUCCAAGGCUCUCCAAAUGUUGGCUUUUCUUGAUUCAGCAUCAGAGAUGGAUAUUCGUAAUGGCUUCAAGGAGCUUGUUGCCACUGCUUCAAGAACAGAAGAUGCCAGUGGAUUGAGAUCCCAGAGUUUUCCAUCUGGACGAAGCAUUGGCAGUUCAAGCAGUGGAGUGGGAAUGUUAUUCAAAGAUCAUGAACGUGCUACAGCACUCAUGAAAUUCACUUAUGUUGUUGCUUGCCAGAUUUAUGGUGCUCAAAAGGCAAAGAAGGAUCCACGAGCUGAGGAUAUUUUGUAUUUAAUGAAGAAUAAUGAGGCUCUUCGGGUUGCUUAUGUUGAUGAGGUCUCGACAGGAAGGGAUGGUGUGGAAUAUUUUUCUGUUCUUGUUAAGUAUGACCCACACUUAGAGAAAGAGGUGGAGAUUUACAGGGUGAGGCUACCAGGGCCACUAAAACUUGGUGAAGGAAAGCCUGAAAAUCAAAAUCACGCAUUGAUUUUUACAAGGGGGGAUGCUGUGCAGACAAUUGAUAUGAAUCAAGACAAUUAUUUUGAAGAGGCUCUGAAAAUGCGCAAUCUGUUGCAAGAAUUCACAAGAUAUUAUGGUAUCAGAAAGCCUACAAUUUUAGGAGUCCGUGAGCAUGUAUUCACCGGUUCUGUUUCUUCUCUUGCUUGGUUUAUGUCUGCUCAAGAAACGAGUUUUGUAACCCUUGGACAACGUGUACUAGCAAACCCUUUAAAGAUCCGGAUGCACUAUGGUCAUCCUGAUGUUUUUGAUCGCUUAUGGUUCUUAAGUAGGGGAGGCAUCAGUAAAGCUUCAAGGGUAAUAAACAUCAGUGAGGACAUAUUUGCUGGCUUUAAUUGUACGCUGCGUGGGGGAAAUGUCACACAUCAUGAAUACAUCCAAGUUGGCAAAGGACGAGAUGUUGGUUUAAAUCAGAUAUCCAUGUUUGAAGCGAAGGUUGCCAGUGGAAACGGGGAGCAGGUUUUGAGUCGGGAUGUGUAUCGCCUUGGUCACCGUCUAGACUUUUUUCGCAUGCUCUCUUUCUACUAUUCUACCAUUGGAUUCUAUUUUGAUACCAUGCUGGUGGUCCUAACUGUGUAUGCAUUCCUUUGGGGUCGGGUUUAUUUGACUCUCAGUGGAAUUGAAGAAGCAAUAAAAGAAAAAGCAGAUACUACAGACAACAAGGCACUUGGAACAAUCCUCAAUCAGCAGUUUAUCAUUCAGCUUGGUCUCUUCACAGCUCUUCCAAUGAUUGUAGAAAAUUCUUUAGAGCAUGGCUUCCUUAAAGCUAUAUGGGAUUUUUUAACCAUGCAGUUGCAGUUAGCAUCUGUUUUUUAUACUUUUUCAAUGGGUACUCGUACUCACUUCUUUGGUCGAACAAUACUUCAUGGGGGUGCAAAGUAUCGCGCUACAGGGCGUGGCUUUGUUGUACAGCAUAAACGAUUUGCUGAGAAUUAUAGACUUUAUGCCCGUAGUCAUUUUGUGAAGGCUAUUGAACUUGGCUUACUACUGAUAGUUUAUGCAUCAUACAGUGUUCUCAAGACUGACACAUUUGUUUAUAUUCUUUUAACCAUCUCAAGUUGGUUUCUUGUUCUCUCAUGGAUUAUGGCGCCCUUUUUAUUCAAUCCAUCAGGAUUUGAUUGGUUGAAAGCAGUCUACGACUUUGAUGAUUUUAUGAAUUGGAUAUGGUACAAGGGGGGGAUCUUAACUAAGUCAGAUCAAAGUUGGGAAGUCUGGUGGAAUGAGGAAAAUGAUCAUUUACGAACAACAGGACUAUGGGGAAUGGUUUUAGAGAUCAUACUAGAUAUUCGUUUUUUCUUUUUCCAGUAUGGCGUUGUUUACCAGUUGGGUAUUUCUGGGGGAAGCAAAAGUAUUCUUGUGUACCUUCUUUCCUGGAUUUAUGUGGUUGUGGCCAUUGUGAUUUAUGUGGUUAUUUCAUAUGCUCGUGAUAAGUAUGCAGCAAAACAACAUAUCUACUACCGUGCCAUUCAAUCCUUGGUUGUCAGUUUCACUAUUUUAGUAGUGGUAAUUUUGCUGCAGUUAACCAAUUUCAAAUUUACGGAUUUGUUCACAAGUAUCCUAGCAUUCAUACCAACUGGCUGGGGUCUGAUCUUAAUUGCUCAAGUGUUCAAGCCUUUCCUGCAAUCCUCUGUAGUUUGGGGUACAGUUGUUGCUGUGGCGCGGUUAUAUGAAGUUACAUUUGGUAUCAUUGUUAUGAUUCCAAUGGCUGUACUGUCUUGGUUGCCUGGCUUUCAGUCAAUGCAGACUCGUAUAUUGUUCAAUGAAGCAUUCAGCAGGGGACUUCAGAUAUCCCGUAUCCUUGCUGGCAAGAGGUCUAAUCCAGGAUACUAGCCCAGGUUUGGAAUGGUACUCCUUUGCAUAUGGUGUGGUGGCCUGCUGAGAGGCAACUACUAAAGUUUUUGGCAGUUUGAUUGUAUAAUAUCUGUUAAUAGUGAUUCAUUAUCAUUCUUCUAAAAAAUGAUAGCAUGUUAUUUGAUGUUUGGGAGAAGUUCAAGGGUACAGUUUCUGAUAUUCUGCAAAUUUUUUAAAUCUUUAUCGUAAGUUGUAUUUUGCUUUUCUUUUUGUUUUUCAUUGUAUAUUUGGUUGAGUUUCGUUCAGAAGCAAA